AUGAACGCGGACGCCGCGGCUGUAGAGGCUGAUGCCCAAGCGGCUAAGAGGGUCCAGGAUGCGCUGGACGCCGAAGCAGGUAAAGAGAAGGAGGCACCGCGAUCAUCCCAACUUACCGAAGAAGAAGAGGAAGCCGAGCGACUUCGACAGUCAGAGGCUAAGUUCCCGGGACUUACAAAGAAAGCAGCCGCUCAAGCUGCGAAGGAUGCUGCGCGGUUAGAAAGAGAAAGACAGAGGCUGGAAAGUUUCGCAGAAGACAACAAGAAGAAAAAGGCGGCCUCCUCCGUUUCAGCGCCGAAAAAGCGAAAGAGGGAACCCUCAAAGAAAGUUCAAAUAGCCGACCUGUUCAAUGAGGUCACUGAAACGGUCAUUACGAGUACAUCGCAGCAGGCUACUCAAGACGAAGAGGAAGAAAUAGAACACCUGCAGACCCGGUCUACAAGGCAAAGAGUCUCCGAAACGGCCAGUCAACCGCAACCGGAGAAGAAAAAGAGGAUCAUAUAUGAUUUCUCGGACUCGGAAUAA